GCACGUUGGCCGCAUUCCCAAGCCCGGGAUUUGAGGGAGAGGAGGGAUUUGUCGAGGGGCGCGAUUCGCUGCUCUUCCUCCAGCCUCCUACUGCUCGCCUCCGGUGUGGGGGUGCGCUGCGGUGGGCGGAGGGGAGGCCAGGGCAUCGAGAGGCGAACCGAGGGAGGAGAGGCGAACCGAGGAAGGAAAUGGCGGCGUGGACCUCCGUGGGCCUCGUGGCGGUGGCCGUGCUGGUCGUCGGCAUCGCAAUGCCGGCCUCCGCCGCCGUGCAGCCGCCCGCGCCCGCGCCCUCCAGCGACGGCACAUCGAUUGACCAGGGCAUCGCAUACGUGCUGAUGCUGGUGGCCCUUGUGCUCACCUACCUCAUCCACCCGCUGGACGCGUCCUCCCCGUACAGGCUCUUCUAAUCUAAUCAAUAAUUCGGGUUGUACCUGUAGAGGUAGCUAGCAGCUGUGCGAUGAUGAUUUAGGUGUGUGUGUGUGUGGUGUUCUGUUUUUGUAUGCGCGUCAGAUGAUUAUGUAUGGACAUGUUUGGUGGUGGCAUGAUUCUGCCAUCAUGUGAGUGUUUCGCUAUUUAGUUCA